UUCACAUCAGCCACUGCAGCCAGCCAAACCCCCGCCGCCUGUGCAGACGAUGGAGGAGCGGAUCUGAUCUCAUCGGAUCUACCGACAAACAUGCUGCUCGAUCAAACCCGCUUUCCUCGUAAAAUCACCAGAAACACCGACUGAUUGAUAUGUGAACUGAAUCAGGCCGCAGUCAGAUCCAGCAGAAGUCGUGGUCAUGUACUCUGAGUGGCGGUCAUUACACCUGGUGGUCCAGAGCGAUCAGGGCCACCUGAGCGUCCUACACACUUACCCAGCCGGCGUGGGUCGUGACGUGGCAAACGCUGUGGUGCGGCCGCUGGGAAACAGCCUCGGAGGAGCGCCGUCUGAGUGCCUCCUCAAGACUGACAAGGAGGUGAAAUGGACCAUGGAGGUGCUGUGUUACGGCCUGACGCUCCCGCUGGAUGGAGACACGGUUAAGUUGUGUGUGGACGUCUACACUGACUGGAUAAUGGCCCUGGUGUCUCCACGAGACUCCAUACCCCAGCCCAUCAUCAAAGAGCCCAACCUCUACGUCCAAACCAUCCUCAAACACUUGCACAACCUUUUCCUGCCCAGACCAGAGCACUUCAGCCUGGUGCACUUUAAAUUGUGUCAGCAAGUGCUGUCUGCAGUGCAGAAGUUGGCACGUGACUCGAACGGCAUGGCCAGAGAGACAUGGGAGGUGCUGCUCCUCUUCCUGCUACGCAUCAAUGACACACUACUGGCCCCGCCCACUGUGGGAGGUGGAAUAGCAGAGAAGCUGGCAGAGAAGUUGAUCAGCGUGCUGUUUGAGGUUUGGUUCCUGGCCUGCACACGCUGCUUCCCCACGCCGCCCUACUGGAAGACGGCCCGAGAGAUGCUGGCCAACUGGAGACAUCACCCUCCGGUGGUGGAGCAGUGGAGUAAAGUCAUCGCUGCUCUCACUUCCAGGCUGCUGCGUUUCAUGUACGGCCCGUCCUUCCCUCCGUUUAAAGUGCCAGAGGAAGAUUCCAGCCUCAUCCCCGCUGAGAUGGACAACGACUGUGUGGCUCAGACGUGGUAUCGAUUUCUACACAUGCUCAGUAACCCCGUGGACCUGAGCAAUCCCGUCAUAGUGAGUUCCACCCCAAAGUUUCAGGAGCAGUUGUUGGGGGGAAACAGCGUUCCUCACGAGGUCAUUCAGCACCCCUGCCUCAAACAGCUGCCUCAGAUCUUCUUCAGAGCCAUGAGGGGCGUCAGCUGCCUCGUGGACGCUUUCCUCGGUAUUUCCCGCCCCCGGUCAGACAGUGCUCCGCCCACACCUGUCAAUCGUCUCAGUAUGCCAACGCCCCCAACGAUAACCAACACUACGCCCCCUCACAACCGCAGGCACCGCCCCACCGCUGUUGCCAAGACAACCAGCAAAACCUCAAUGACUGGUCAGACCAAAGUGUCGCACCAGCCAUCAUCCACAUCCCCGCUCUCCAGCCCAAACCAGACGAGCUCCGAGCCGCGGCCGCUUCCAGCCCCGACCCGGCCGAAGGUCAACAGCGUGCUCAAUUUGUUUGGCCAGUGGCUGUUUGACGCUGCGCUGGUCCACUGUAAACUCCACUCCGGCCUGAGCAGAGAUAGCAGCAUGACCGCCCUGGCGACUCAAGCUGGAGUUGAACUGAGACGUAAAGGCUCUCAGAUGUCCACGGACACCAUGGUAUCCAACCCCAUGUUCGACGCCAAUGAAUUUCCCGAUAAUUACGAGUCGGGUCGAGCCGAAGCGUGUGGGACGCUGUGCAGGAUCUUCUGCAGUAAGAAGACAGGAGAGGACAUACUUCCAGUGUACCUGUCCAGGUUCUACAUGGUCCUCAUCCAGGGUCUUCAGAUAUCGGACUUCAUUUGCAGGCCGGUUUUAGCCAGCAUCAUCCUCAACUCUUCGGCUCUGUUCUGCUCCGAUCUCAAAGGGAUCAAUGUUGUGGUUCCUUACUUCAUAUCUGCACUGGAGACCAUCCUACCGGAUCGUGAGUUGUCUAAGUUUAAGUCGUAUGUGAACCCCACUGAGCUGAGAAGAGCUUCCAUCCAUAUCCUGCUGUCCAUGCUUCCUCUUCCUCACCACUUUGGCAACGUUAAAUCAGAGGUUCUGUUGGAAGGGAAAUUCAGCAAUGAUGACAACUCUCUUCAUGACAAAGCGGUCACCUUCCUCUCCCUGAAGCUGCGAUUGGUCAAUAUUUUGAUUGGUGCUCUGCAAACAGAGACAGACUCGAUCAAUACACAGAUGAUACUAGCGGCAAUGCUGAAUAUCGUCCAGGAUUCGGCUCUGUUGGAGUCUGUUGGUGCUCAAGCUGAAGUGGGCAGCGUGGACGGAAGCCAUUCUCUGGCUAAGAGCCACAGUCGCAAUAACAGCGGCAUCAGCAACGCUAGCGCAGGCAGCUCCGAGGCUACGACUCCAGACAGCGAACGCCCCGCGCAGGCCCUGCUGAGGGACUACGCUCUCCACACAGACACGGCGGCCGGGCUGCUGAUCCGCAGUAUCCACCUGCUCACCCAGAGACUCAACUCUCAGUGGAGACUCGACAUGAGCAUCUCACUGGCCGCCCUCGAGCUGCUGGCCGGCCUUGCCAAGGUGAAGGUGAGCGUGGAGUCGUCGGAUCGUAAGCGUGCCGUCAGCUCGGUGUGCAGUUAUAUCGUGUAUCAGUGCAGUCGUCCAGCUCCGCUUCACUCCAGAGAUCUGCACUCCAUGAUCGUCGCUGCUUUCCACUGCUUGUGCGUCUGGCUCACAGAACACCCCGACAUGCUCAAUGAGAAGGAUUGUCUGAUUGAGGUGUUGGAAAUUGUCGAGCUCGGCAUCUCGGGCAGUAAGUCCAAAACCAGCGAACAGGAAGUGAAGUACAAAGGUGACAAAGAGCACAACCCGGCGUCUAUGAGGGUCAAAGAAGCUGCUGAGGCCACGUUAUCAUGUAUAAUGCAGGUGUUGGGCGCGUUCCCGUCUCCCAGCGGCCCCGCAUCGCCCUGCAGUCUGCUGAAUGAAGACACGCUGAUCAAAUACUCCCGACUCACUUCCACAUCCCACAGUAACUUCAGAUACUUCGUCCUGGAUAACUCUGUCAUUCUCGCCAUGCUGGAGCAGCCGCUGGGAAACGAGCAGAACCCCUGUCCGUCAGUCACCAUGUUAAUCAGAGGCAUGUCUGGUCGACACGCGUGGACAAUGCAGCUCUUCCAUCAGCCUCGAGGAGCAAGAGCCAAUCAGAAGCAAGUGUUUGUUCCUGAAAGCCGACCAGCUCCCAAAAAUGAUGUAGGGAUUCGGUUUAACGUCAAGCACAGGCCGUUCCCAGAGGAAGUGGAUAAGAUCCCGUUUGUGAAAGCUGACCUGAGCAUCCCGGAUCUCCAUGAUAUUGUGGAUAAGGAGUUGGAGCAGCAGCACGAUAAGCUGCGAGUCGUGAUGGGAAAGCAGAUAGAUUACGAGACGAAACUGGAGCACCACACAGAGGACUUAUGGAGGAACAAACCCUUCCCAGACCCGCUGACAGACUGUAAACCGCCGGCUCCCGCUCAAGAGUUCCAGACGGCCCGCCUCUUCCUCUCGCACUUCGGCUUCCUGUCACUAGAGGCGCUCAAGGAGCCUGGAAACAGUCGACUGCCUCCUCACCUCAUCGCUCUGGACUCGUCUGUGCCGGGCUUUUUCGACGACGUUGGCUACCUGGACCUGUUACCGUCCCGGCCGUGUGACACCGUGUUUAUCUUCUACAUGAAAGCUGGACAGAAGAGCAGUCAAGAGAUCUUGAGGAACGUGGAGUCGUCUGCAAACGUACAGCCUCACUUCCUAGAGCUGCUGUUGUCUCUGGGAUGGCCGGUGGAGGUCGGUCAGCAUCCGGGAUGGACAGGGAGUGUGUUCACCAGCUGGACCAUCAACACAUCCAACGGCGCUGAGACACCAGAUGAUUCAGUGACUCUGGGCGACACUGGCGGCGGUGUGUUUAACGGAGAGAAGCAGGUGCUGUAUUACGCAGAUGCUCUGACAGAAAUCGCCUUUGUGGUGCCGUCCCUCAGCGACUCGUCCGCCGAGUCAUCAGAGCACAGCUUCCCGACGGCAGACUCGGACUCUCAGAUGGAGCUGUUACCCAGUUUACUGAAGCAGCCCAACCUCACGCUGGAGCUCUUCCCCAAUCACUCCGACAACAUGGGACCCACACAACGAUCCCCAACAGUGAAAAGCAGAAAGUUGCCGCCCGGCAGGACAAUACCGCCGUUAGGACCAGACACCAAAGUGUUGGUCGUGUGGGUUGAGCGGUACGAUGACAUAGAGAACUUUCCCGUGUCGGAGUUACUGGUGGAGACGAGCACCGGCGUGGAGACGGCCGUCAAUAGCAGCGCUUCCAGGUCCAGCUCCUCAGAGAAGGACGUUCCCAUAAUAUUCAUCCAUCCGCUGAAGACCGGCCUGUUUCGGAUCAAACUGCACGGCGCUAUGGGCAAAUUCAACAUGGUCAUUCCUCUGGUGGACAACAUGGUGGUCAGCAGGAGAUCACUGGGAUUCCUGGUGCGACAGACUGUAAUAAACGCGUGUCGGAGGAAACGUCUCGAGAGCGACUCUUACAGCCCGCCACACGUGCGGCGGAAACAGAAAAUCGCUGAAAUCGUGAACCGUUACCGUAACAAACAGCUAGAGCCUGAGUUUUACACCUCGCUCUUCCUGGAGGUCGGUGAGACGAGCCUCAACCCGUAAACCAACACGCAGGCCGACACAAACCAAGGUGGAUUUCAUCUGCACUCGAGUCUGUAGUUUUGGAUAAAUGAUGGGAUUUUUUUUAUGUUGAUUUGGCCAAAUACUUGCUCAACUCAACCUGUACUCUAUCAGUGCCCACCUGACAGGAUGAUUAUCAGUUUUUUCUGAGUCUUUAUGUCUCCUAUGAAUCUCACAAAAGCCUAUCAAAGUUACAUUUCACCCCACUAUAUAUAUAUAUUGCAUAAAGAAAAUAAAGCCUGUUUUUAUUAUAUUAUUGGUGACAUUAUUUUCAUGGCAUUUCAGCACAUUUCCUCCCCAAAUUGUCAAUGCAUGCAUUUUUGUUUAUAAUAAAUCAUUACAAAAUUAAUAAAUAAUAAUAAUUUAUAAAGAAUAAUUAUUUAAAUUAUCCUCAUGUGAUUUUCAUUACUGUAAUACCAUAAAAAUACUGUAGUAAUUUUUUUUUUUUUUAAAUUUAAAUUGGCGUAAUUAAUAGGCAGUACAACAUGUACCACCAUGAUGUAUAAAUUUAAUUAAUACAUGAUUAUUUUUUGCAUUGCAUUUAUGAGAAUGUCAAUUAAUAUCAAUCUUUAAAAGAGCCUUUAUUUUCUUCAUGCAAAGCUAAUUUUAUUUCCUGUGAUUUUUGGAGUGAAAUAUGACCGACUGACCGGUUUGGUGAGACUCACCCUGUUACUGUACUUCACAAUGAAUCACAUUUUACUUCAUCGUGUUUAUUAUUUGAAGGAACGUCCUCGCGUGAAGCAGUUUCCUCUAAAGCACUAUGAAAAUGAACACUAAGCUCCAGCAGCCAAUGAUCUGAUGCCAGUCGCUUCUUCUUCUUCAUCAUCUUCCUCUUCCGGUCAUGCGUAUCACUCUUCAUCACGUAGUUCAGUCCUCUUACCUCCGUGCUGCUUCUUCUUUCUUUCUGAGCGUUGUUUGCAUCUGCAGAUGAUGAGGAACGACUGAGAAACAGAGAUAUGUCCGUUCACGUCUCACGUUUGCAUUUUGAUGGUUUAAACUGCUAAUAGCAGGAAAACUACUGAGAACGUAGGGAUUUUCAGCACACAGAUCCUCACCAUGAUGCUCAUAUUUCAGUCGAAAGACAUAAGGGCUUAUCAUUUAUUUCUGUUCUUUUAUUGAGUGUUUAUGACACUUUCUCAUUGGCCACAUUUCAUUUAUUCAGCAUCAUCUGAUCAAACGGAAUUGACCUUUUUGACUCCGUGUAGAAAGCACUGCAGGAAUAACCGAUGUAAAAUAUCAUCGUUCAGGAUGGCCUGUGUUUAUUGAUUUGAGUUUUGCAUUAUAAAAUGCCUUUGAAUGCAGACGUCACCCAAACACAGAGCCAGUUUUGAUGUCCGGUUAUUGCUAAUAAUAAUUCUGGAAGAGAUUCACACGUCACGUCCCAUUUUUGUGGUCAGAAGCUCCCUGUUAACGCUGCGUUUCUUUUGUAAGAACAAACUAAAGGCCGGUUGCUCGGAGGCGUCUCUUUUUCCGUGUGUAAAUAUUGACGGCAUGGACUUUGUAUAAAGUUUGACUUUCUAUGUAAAUAUACGCGGGUGUGAAGUUCUGCUCACUCAUCUUAUACUAUUGAUUAGGGACGGCACAACAGAUGAACGCUUGUUUGUAUUUAUGCCAUCAUAUACGUGUCCAAACGAAACCUUGGAUAUUGAAUGUAACACAUGUAAUGAAAUAAAGAUUUUAAUGAAAUUCUUA